CACCCGUCGGCUCCGCCCCUCCUAGGACGGGAUAGCGGGCCGGACGCGCCCCGGGCAGCCUCAGCCGCGGGGGGAGCGAACGAGCAGAAGCGCUGCGGAGCUCCGACCGGGCGGGCGCGCGCCGCACAGACUGCCUGGAAGACGCUUCGUCGGCAGUGCGCGCGGGCGGCACGCCGACGGAGAAGCGGCACCAUGCCGGCUCUCGAGGUCGACCCCGAGGAGCCGGGCCAGGGCAUGGCGCCUUCUCGCAGUAUCCUGGCGGGGACCUAUAACCAGACGUACCUCAUUCGCACGCCGGACGCGGGCGAAGAUGCCAGGGAGGCCAAAGGUCUGAGCGACGAUUCGGACGACGGCGACAGCGAUUCCUAUGUGGAACGAAGGGUCAUGUUUCGCUGCGGGAACUGGUGCUAUACGGGGAAUAUCACGCUCGAGAAAUCUAGAGUACUACUCUCUGAUUUACCUAGAGUCAUCCCGACGCUACAACGACAACAGAACCGACUCCACUUCUACUGCAACGCUUCCAGUGUCCCCUCCGAGUCGUCUUUUAAAGAACCGAUGGCCUUUGUGAACGAGGCCGCGGAGUUCGCCGCCCGAGAACUCGCCUCGGAUACGGUCCAUGAUGAAUUGAGAAAGUGGACGGACGUGUAUGGAUGGAUGGAGAACGACCAGGCCAACACCUACUUUGAAAUUCAGUGCUGCCCGCCGCCCUGCAUGGACGGCAUCGCGCUGGCGGCGUCCAAGACGUAUGCCCGCGGGUUGGUCUUCAUCGCCGUGUAUUUCGACCGGGCGUUGUACGUCGUGGUCCAGGAUGGGGAAGGAGACCAACCACUCCUAGAUGUCAAGUUUCCCGACGUGAGUUGUCCGGGGCAAGGUAUUCAUGUCGCGACGUACGGCGGCGAGCAGCGCACGUGGCUCAAACUCGCGCUGUGGCACUCUUUAGCGCAAGAUCCUUCUCGGCAAGUAGACGGGCCCCGUAGAUCUUCUCCACAAAAACAACCCAAGACCACGAACCUCACGACUGACUCCUACGUGCAGAUGUACACGGUGCUCAAAGCGUCGAAGGAUGAAAAGGUCCAAAGUGUCGGGUCUACCGCGCAUCAUGACGUGUUGUUUAGAUUCGGGUCCUGGUGCUACGCCGGUUCCGUGCAGUUGACGCCUCUGUUAGACUUAGCUGACUUACCGCACUUAAUCCCAGCUUUGAGGAUGCAGCAAUCAAGAUUGGACUUUAUUUGUGACGUGUCGCAGAUGCCUUUGUCGUCCCCAUUUGCCAAGCCCAUGGGCUACUUCGCGUCCAUCGCGCCGGCCAUGGAGAAAGAGCUCGUGCAAGCCGAGGGCGUCCUCGCGAAGCUCCUAGCCCAACUCGAUCGCUUCGAGGUCGGUGGCUCCGUAUCAUCGUGGCUGGAAGGCGACUCGACCCAGUCCUUUUUUGAAUUUCAGAUGUCCCAAGAUAAAGAGGUGGAAAAGGCGUUCCGGAACGUCGAGUUGUUGGCGGCAAAAACUUAUACGGCUACCGGAGUAGUUCUGAUAGCCAUCUACUUCCAGGGCACUUUUUACGUCGUAUUAGGUGAAACUACCGGAGAACAACCUUUACUAGAUAGUAGGUUCCCCGACGUCUCAGCCAAGGGCCGAGGCUACUUGGUAAGUUCCUACGGCGACGGGACCAUGACCUGGCCCCAGCUCCGCAAGGUCAGCAUCUGGCAGACGGCCGCGGCCAUGCAGUCGGAACUGGAAGCGCGAGGCGUGAAAGCCAGCGAUGGUGACGACGAGGCCGAAGUCCACGUCGUCACGGGCAAACCGAUCACAAGGGACCCCUUGGAGGCGGCGCGCAUGGGCGGCGAGGACGCCAAGAGUGUGAGGAAGACGGCCAUCGUCACGCCCAGUUACGCGGAGCCCGCCUCGCAAGCAAAAGACGACGACGCACCGGCGAGGUCACCCGCGAAAGAAGAGGACGACGACGACGAGGACAAGGAAAAUCAAAAUGAUGAAGAAAGCAAGGCCGCGCGCGACCGUAGGAUUGACGAGUUAUUGCGAGCGCAGCCGAAGAAGAAGUCGCUGGGCGGGCUGUCGCCGUUGGGCUCCAAGGUCAACGCGCCGCACCGCAUCAAGGCGAACGACCAGAUCACGGAGAAGCUCGCGAAGAUGCGCAAGGACCUCUCCGCGCAGGGGUUGGGGGGAGACGCGCCGUGGGAUGAAUUUGGGAGACCGCGCGUCCAGGCCUUCAAGAAGUAGCUUUGGUUCUGGGCCUAAUUGCUCCUUACUAGUACUUUCCUAUCCUGAGACCUACGCAACCGCAGGGGCGUAUCCGUCUACUGACACGAAAGUAUUAAUUACGCCGUCGACGCGUCUGCGACGCCGUCAAGCGCCCGCCCGGCUCGCAAGUAAUGCACUCAAAGCUUUGUCGACGUCGUUCCCGGCGUCGCGCAAGGCCCGCUCCGCCUCGUCGGCGCCGAAACCCAUGUCCGUGAACGUCAGAAUGCGGCUGUCGACGAUCGUCGCUGCCGACGCAUUCCGCGGCACGUCAUCGCGCCAGCCGCCCUUGUUCGGGUCGUUUGGCGGGGCCUCGGGCCGCUUGCGCGGAUGUUCCGCGCUGGGGUAGGGGUGCGCCGCCUCGGCCAAGACGUCGUGCGGAGAAUCGUUGUAGUAGCCCUGGCCGUACGUCGGCGCGCGCCGCCGGUCCUGGGUAGCAUCUGGGUGAGGCGCCUGUGCCCGUCUUCGUGCCAAUAACGCGGUCAGCGCGGCGUCGACGUCAUUGGCAUGCUCUUUCAGGGCCGCCUCGGUCUCGUCGACAGAAAACCCCAUCUCGCGGAAGCGCCGCAACCUCGAGUCGACUAUCAGGGAAGCGUUCUCCUCCCUUAUUGGCACUCCAUCAAGAAAGCCGCCCUUGUCCGGGUCCGGCCGCGCCGGCUGGAACGGCUUCCGUCGGCCGUCGUCGUACGCCGCGGGGUGCGUCGCGAGGAUGUCAAAAGCGUCCUCGUCGGGCAUCGUCGCCGCCGUCAAGAGGUCCAAGGCCCGGUUCACGUCGUCUUUCGUGCGUCGCAAGGCUUCCCGGACGUCCGCCUCGGGGAAGCCCAUGCUCCGCAGCAUGGAGGCGUCGACCUUCUCCUCCUGCUCGGCCGUGCCGAAGUGGGCCAUACUCCCCGCUUUGGGGCUCGCGUCGAGUAGAUCUCUGUUGCGUGCGCAGGGCCGCUGUGCCGCUGUGGCAGUGUUUUCUUUCGGCCGCGGCGGCGAAGGGCUGCCCGUCCCCCGUUGCUGGGCGUUGAGUGGGCCCGUUGCGACCUGCUGAUUGCGUUGCCUCGAGCGGUCGCGCGCGUUUCGGGCGCCGCAGAGCAGCAACUUUGCAACAACCAAGCUCUGCCUUCGCAGAUCAUCGAGGUGCCGGCUUGGUGUCGUUCGUACGGCUGCCCGAGACGUUCCCGAAGCCUCCAUGAGUUCAAAGCGACGUCGCGAUAAAACCCGCACUCAGGAUCGUCCGCGCCGCGCCUCGCGCGCGGGCGCUGCUGGGCGUGUAGCGCUGCUUUCUGCGGUACCAACAAUCACAUUGCUGCAAUUGCUGCGCCUGCAGCCAGUAUCAUAGCGUAGUUUGACCGCUAAGCCGCUGCUCUCCGUGCCCUGAAGAGCGCCGCGCGCACACGCGCCGACAGCGGUGCACGCACACGCAGCACGCCGUCGAGGCGCGCAGCAAGAUUAAAAAUGAACGGCGGCCGCCUCACGCUGGCGCCGGACGAGACCGCGCGCGAGUAUUUAAGAAGAGCGUGCGCCGCGCCGCGGUCGCUGGGCAUCCCGGCGCUCGGCGAGGCCGAUCGACGGGGCGAAGUCGUGGAAUUGUACGGCCCGGCGGCCGCGGGCAAGACGUCUUUAUUGUUACAAAUCUGCGCGAGCUGGUGCCUGCCGGACUCGCACGGCGGCGGAUGUAGGAAAGUAGUGUGGUUGGAUUGUGAUGGAAGACUGAGGCCGUCGCGUUUGAGAGCUUCGAUCUACGCCUAUGCUGCUAGAGCAUGUGAACGAGGAGCCCAGGAGGCGGCCGCCGACGCCUUACAAAGGGUACAAGUAGCGUACUGCGCGUCAUCUCUGGAAUUCCUCUGCGCGUUGGAAGGGAUCUCCCAUUUGGAGGGCGAGGCGCCAUUAAUACUGGUGGACUCCAUCGGCGGCUUUUUUUGGAGGGAGGUCAAGCCGGCCGAGGACCAAUGCGCCGCGCCCUCGCUCUUCCAGGCCUGCGUCCGCGCCGUCGGUAGGCUAUCUUCGAGACGAAAAGCUAUCAUCGUGUGCGCCAAGCCCAAGUUCUUCCGGGCGAAUGCGAUCGGAGAUCACCGCGAGUACCUCCCGCGCGAGUGGACGUUGCUGGUCAAAAGACGUCUGGUGCUGGCGCGCGUGUCCGCGGAGCGGCUCGUCGCGCGGUUCGGCGACCCGCAGACGGACUACUCGGGGUCCUUCUCGUUUGGGGUCGGCGCGGACGGGUGCUGCGCGUUCGGCGACGUGCGCUAG